GCUCCACGGCGAGCCACACACCGUGAAUUUGGAUCUUAAUCACGGAGAGAUCCUCAGCAUUUCCUGUUCAUGCGUGGCAGGGAACUCAAGCCGGUGCAAGCAUUGUGUAGCUGUGCUGCUUAAGGCAAACCGGAUGCGUGAACUACCGCAGCUCUCAAGUACUGAUUUACCACAGGCGUGGGGUCAGCACGCCAAAGAGGUUGUGAAAGUCAAGUAUGCCCCAACGACGCUGAAAAAGGUUCCUUUCUGUCCAAAGUUUCAACGCCCUGCACUGCCCCCUGUGGAACCUAAUAUUCUUGGGCGACUGAAGAAAGACCUCCCAUAUGUGUGCUCGAUUGCAAUCCACGAGCGGAAACGGCCACACGCAGGACAGGCGAGUGGAGCAUCAUGCUCUUCUGUGGUGGCAUCUCGUCCACCUAACCUGCUGGAAGUACUGCGGCGAAUGCCAGAAGAAGAGCUCCAGAACGUCCUGACAGUGCUGAAGCGUGUACUAACCAAGGACGUCAUUGCAGAAAUUGAGCGCAGAACAAAAGCACAAUCUGCAGAGCCCGAGUGGAUGCUGUACAGGAAGGGCAUGGCCACGGCAUCAAUCUGCCACUCAUUCCGCACAUGGGUGACGUCUGUAAAAAAACCGGCGAUACAUCCUAGACCACACAAUGUCGGCGGUCUGCUCGAUCUAGUGCUCAGGUUGAACACUUAUCAAUCUGCCUCCAUGAAGAGGGGUCAGGAGAACGAAGGGAAAGCCAAGUUGAAGUACCUUAAUGUACUAACUAAGGAUGGUCACUGCGCCAGGAUUGACAACAUGGGUUUCAUGGUAUGGGAGGAGAUGCCCUUCCUAGGAUGUUCCCCUGACGGCAUAGUCACGUAUAAAUGCCAGUGCUGCCCAGGCAGAAGAAAUCUAUUAGAGGUGAAAUGCCCAAAUGUAUUGAGCAACUCUUUUCUUAAAAAUGGAAAGGACCCCAAAUCAUGCAAUUACACCCAGACACAGAUCGGUAUGGGAGUCACGGGUACCGACAGCUGUGACUACUUCGUCUAUGUGUCGGAUACGGUCUGGAAGCUGGUAAACAUUAAGUUCAGCCAAAAAUAUUUCGAUGAAUGUGUCGAGGCGGUCCGCUUCAUUUACUUGGAGUACUUGUUCCGUGCUCUGAAAGGAGUGGUAUGAUAAAGGCCGUGUUUUUGUGUUCACUUUUGAGGCAUUAAGCAAGAACACCUCACACAUGGUCAUUUUCGCAAGUGUA